ACCGGUCAAAGACAUCGUCACUGGCUGCUAACAAAGAGCUGCGUACGUGCGCGCGCUGGUGAGAGUGGAGACGCCAAUGCGCGCUGUGUGGUUUGAUGAGGAUGCUGAAACCCACGAGGACUUUCUAUGAACAGACAAGUGCAUGUGCCGUUACCGCAUUUCAGCGCAUUCUCGUCGAUUAGAAUGAAACGCAAAUGAUGAACGCCAUGGUGGAGUUGGAACCUGUUGUUUGGAACUUUACGCUCAAAUUAGAAAACAGCACGCGCGCUAAUGAGACAGCAGCAGUUUAUCCCGCGGACGAGUAUUAUAACAUUGUUCACGUCACGGAAACUAAAAUUCUCCCAGCAUUUAUUGGAUUUCUGUGCUCCACCGGGCUUGUUGGAAAUAUUCUUGUUUUGGUGACUAUUUUAAGGUCUGCUAAAAAAACUGUGCCAGAUGUAUACGUAGGCAAUUUGGCGGUGGCUGACCUGGUCCACGUGACGGUCAUGCCGUUUCUGAUUCACCAGUGGGCCCGUGGAGGGCACUGGGUGUUCGGCAGCACACUCUGCACCAUCAUCACCUCUCUUGACAACUGCAACCAGGUGGCGUGCGCUGCAGUCAUGACCGCUAUGAGUCUGGACAGAUACCUGGCCCUUGUUCAUCCAUUUCGCCUACUGAGCCUCAGGACCAGAUCCAGGACGAUCCGCAUUAACCUGUUUGUUUGGGCGGCCUCUUUCAUCAUGGUUCUGCCUGCCUGGAUUCAUGCCAAAGUGAUCCGCUUCAGAGACGGGCUAGAGAGCUGUUCCCUUAACCUGGUCUCUCCCAAAGAAGUGCUCUGGUAUACACUCUACCAGACUGUGACGUCCUUCUUCCUGCCAUUACCUCUCAUUCUCAUCUGCUAUAUACUGAUUCUCUGCUACUCCUGGAGAAUGUAUCGCAAGAACAAAAAGGCUCACAGGUAUAACACCAGCCUGCCUAGAGAGCGUGUGGUCCGCCUCACUAAAAUGGUCCUGGUUCUCGUAGCGGUUUUCCUGGUCAGUGUUGGGCCGUACCACGUCCUGCAGCUGGUUAACCUGAGCAUACCUCGCCCCUCAUUAGCAUACCACACCUGCUACUAUCUGUCUGUGUGCCUGAGCUACGCCGCCAGCAGCAUAAACCCCUUCAUCUACAUACUGCUGAGCGGACACUUCCGCCACAGGCUGGUCUCUCGGGAUACACCCAGCAUGCCAAGUGUGGAACGGGAAAUCCAGGCCCCCCGCUCCAGUUUUUAAGCUGAAACACACACGACACUGCAAAUGAAUGAAUCAACGCGCAAGCCUUUGUUGGUCUUAGGUAAAGCACAAAUGUUUCGGAGAAGUAUUCCUGUUCCUUGUUUUCAUUACUAAUUGUUUUGAAGGAUUUCAUUAAGGACGCAUGAAAUGUUUUAUAUAUGCAUGUUUGCACGAUUUGCACCUUUUGAGUCUCUGUUGUGAAUGCUGUGUUGUUAUUUAUUGUUUAAUGUGGUGUUUUGGCUCCCUCUGCUGUUUAGCUUUAGUCAUUUACUCCACUGCCUAAGUCUGUCUGUCUGUCUAAAUCUUAAUUAUGAAAAAAAUAAACAAGGCUUUGUCGAGAUAAUAUUUAAGUUUCCCUUUACAAACUUCACAAGCUUACACUGCAUUUAUUUUAGUCAACUUUUCAGUUCUGUUUAUUUAAAAAUCUAUUUCCUUACAUAAAACUGACAUGGCAUUUUUAAUUGAAAAGGCAUGUAUUAUUCAAUUCUGAAUGACACACAACCCUACAUUUAACUGAGAUUGAAUUAUUGUUUUGAAGGGGCAUUUGCCAUUUUCAGAUUGCAUUCAUCCGUGGUCUGCAGUAAUCAACACUGGAGAAAAUAAACGAUUAUGAUAAUAAUAAAAACAACUGUGUUAUGGGCACAGAAGUAACUAAAUCUAAUUGUGGCUUUGUAUUACGUUUCUGUUUUAAGGUUUUAAGCUUGAUCGUAUGUGACAGUUGAAAAAGUGAUAUGUUAUUAUUGUGAAUGUUAUAUUGUAUUAUCAGGUUUUAAAAGAUAUUUCAUCAUACCAGCAAAUGUAUUUAAUUCCUAAAAGUUGUUUUGUACUAUACAGAAUGUUUUGAGGCCCGUGAGCGUGUUUUCGCUCAUCUUGUGUAAGUGCUUCACCAUUGUUACACACAAGAGAAAUCAAUAUUGCUCGGGACGAAAAGUUGCUGUCAUGCGGAAAUCCUUUAAGGGCAUUUUGGUAUUGUCUGGUGUGUACUGGAUGUCAUGAUGAAGUGGCUGGCAGCUCUAAAGAGCGAGGUCACUGACCAGACGGGAAGAGAAGCAGGGAUCUGUUUGUAGCCCAGCUCUCAGAGUGGAAUCAAUUCUCUGACCAGACCAGAGACAGACAGGGAUCGUGUCUGACCUUAAAGCAUGCCUGGCGGCAGUGGCUGGAAACUCACCCCAGUGCUCCAUCUCUCUAUCUCUGUUUCUCAAUUAUGCCUUUUUAUGUGGCCUAGUAAACCAGCCAGAGGCAAAAUCCCAACUGGUGUGUUCAAAUACUUGUCAAUAUUAGUGUUUCAGUGUCACCAUGUAGCAUGUUGAGAUCAUGCAUUUCAAUAAUAUUAUUCAAUACAAUAACUUACAAACUGUUGUGCUAUUGGUUUGCCAAUGAUUCCAGUGCAGCAAUCAAGACUCUGCCUGGGCAGCAAGGUGCUUUUACAUUCUCCUGUCUCUAAAGUAGCUCACACUGUGUAUAUUCCCCAUUCCAUCAGCCUUCUCUUUCUCAAACUUUGAAUCAUCAUGCUGUCCUGCGAGCGAGGUGGCUGACUACUGCUGUGGCUGCUAAUCUGACAUUGUUUGACCUUGUUUGUGACUUGCUUCAUAUGGCAUUGACCUUGUUACUUCCACCUCAGCAAUUUGGCUGCCUGUUUGUGUCAUGUUUUUCAUGCACAUUUAUUUUUUAAAACAGCUAUUGCAUUGCAAAUAUUAUUAAAUGUUUAUUAGGAGUAUUUUCUUUUUUGUGAAUAUGUUUACUGUACUGCCAAUUAGCAGGGAAACUUGCUUUCUACUAGUGGAACUACGUUGUAAAGAA